AGAAGCGAUCUCAGCAAUGCUUCGCGCUUUGCAGCAUGACACGGUGAAACACUGUUUUCGAACAGUGUCCACUUCAACUGCAGCUUUCCAAGAUAUUGAUCUCAGUGAUCCAGAACAACUACGAUUGCAUAAACUCUACCGCCCAGAAAGAAUCACCCCCUCAAAAAGGGGUGUGGAAUUGCUGAAAACUCCCCGCUUAAAUAAGGGCAUGGCAUUCUCUCUGUAUGAAAGGCAAUACCUUGGAAUACAUGGACUACUUCCACCUGCUUUCAUGACUGAAGAACAACAAGCGUAUAGAGUUAUGGCAAAACUUCGUGAACAACCAGAUGAUUUGGCUAGGUAUAUCCAGCUGGAUGCUUUGCAAGAUCGCACGGAAAAGCUCUUCUAUCGCGUGCUCUGUGACAACAUCAAAGAGCUGAUGCCAAUCGUCUACACACCCACUGUCGGAUUAGCAUGUCAGAAGUUUGGGUUUAUUUAUAGGAGUCCAAAGGGUAUUUACGUAACCAUCAACGACAACAGCAUCAGCAAGAUCUACCAGAUUUUGAGCAAUUGGCCGUCGAAGGAUGUUAGGGCUAUUGUGGUCACUGAUGGCGAACGAAUUCUGGGUCUUGGAGAUCUUGGCACUUAUGGCAUUGGUAUCCCAGUUGGAAAAAUGGCCUUAUACGUCGCUUUAGCUGGAAUACGACCCGAAUGGUGUCUUCCCGUCAUUCUUGAUGUUGGAACUAAUAAUCAGGGUUUGCUAAAUGAUCCAUUCUACACUGGUCUACGACGAAAACGAGUGCGUGGAGAAGAAUACGAUAGGCUUUUGGACAAUUUUAUGAAAGCUUGCACCAAGAAGUACGGCAGGGAUACACUGAUCCAGUUUGAGGACUUCGCCAAUCAAAAUGCAUUCCGACUUCUGGACAAAUACAGGAACGUCUACUGCACUUUUAACGAUGAUAUACAAGGAACCGCCGCUGUUGUUGUUGCCGGUCUUCUCACGGCUACACGAGUGACAAAAAAACCGCUAAAAGAUCAUAAACUUGUGUUCUUCGGCGCUGGAGCUGCUUCAACUGGUAUAGCUGAAUUAUGCGUUCGACAGAUGGUCGACGAAGGUGCUAGCGAAGAAGCAGCAUGUGCAAACAUUUAUCUUAUGGACAUUGAUGGCCUUGUUACAAAAAGCCGCAAACAAAUUGAUGAUCAUCAUGUGAAAUUUGCAAAGGAUAUGGCACCCACGAAAAAUCUACUUGAGGUAGUGAAAACUGUCAAACCCGAUGGACUUAUAGGUGCCUGCACCGUAGGAGGGGUCUUUACUGGAGAGGUUAUUAGUGAAAUGGCCAAAAAUCAUGCGCGACCGAUCAUUUUUGCCUUGUCGAAUCCAACUUCGAAAGCGGAAUGCACGGCAGAAGACGCGUAUCAAAAGACAAAUGGAUCGGUCCUUUUCGCAUCAGGAUCACCAUUCGAAAAUGUGGAACUCAAUGGUAGAAUAUACAAACCUGGUCAGGGUAACAACGCCUACAUCUUCCCUGGUGUAGCACUAGGAGCAAUACUCUUCAAGGCAAAGCAUAUACCAGAGAUGGCAUUCCUUCUCGCAGCCAGGCGCUGUGCCAGUUUUGUUUCCAACAAACAACUGGAAAACUAUGCGCGGCUUUAUCCUCGUCUGAAAGAUAUUCGAGAACUUUCUGUCCUCAUAGCUAAAGAUGUCGGUAACUACCUAUACGAGCAAAACCUAGCAACGCUGCAUCCAGAACCAGAAGACAAGGAUAUGUUUAUCCGCCAACAAAUUUACACCGUAGAAUACGAAGAAGUCAUCAACAAAACGUACGACUGGCCUGCAAAAGAUAUGAAACAUGGCUUCCCCGUACCCGUCAUGGAAAGAACAUCAAUGGAUGAGGAAUAAACCUUUUGCAUAGAAGUAGUAAUUAUCCCAUAGUGUUCAGUGCAGUGUUUUGGUUUGGUGACGGGAAUAUUAAACUGUCCGAAUCUCACGUUGCAUAAUUAUUUAUUCGUAAAUUAUUCGUACUCAUGGUUAUUUAGGGUCAGAACAGUGUCAGUGUUAUCGUUGUAAUUUGUGACGUGUAUUAGAAUUAUUUGUAUUUGUUUUUCCGUGAAGCUUUACUAGAUUUCACUUUGACGAGUUUUUUUUUGUGAGCUUGGUAUUUUUCAAAACUAUGUUUAUCAUUUAAAAUCAAUUGUUCCCCUAUAACUCGUGGUUUGUUCUUUUUCUACAAAGUUGAUGUUUCUUGUUAGGUAGUGAUUAUGUAUUGUUUCUCUUCUAUGAAGAUUAU